CCUUGCUCGUUUAUCUGCCUCCAGCAAAGCAUGUUGCGCUUCUUCCGACGCGAGCAGCUUCACAUCGACCUCCAGCUGGUUGUCGUCGCAACCUUCAUCGCGCUCUGGGUUGCCACCGAGAAGACCGGACCAAAGAACUGCGGUUGGCGCUUUGCGUCGGCGUGCUCCGCGUGUGGCGCUGACUAUGAGUUCGAAUGCUCGGGAAGCUGCAGCCUGCUUAUGCAGAACGCGACGCCAGAACCGACAGCGCAAUCGUGCUGUGGCGCGGUCGUGCUGAGUUCCGACCUUCUGUCCAUGAAAUCAUCGCAGGGCAACGGUCUACGAGACAGACUCGGGGCAUACAAGAUGAUUGGGACAGAAUGUGGAGGACGAGCAGCCUACCAGCACUACUCGGAGUACCUGUUCUAUCAGAAUGAGAGUACGCAACCCGGCUGGCGCGUUUCGAAGGAGCUUUGUGGCCGCUCGUCCCUCAUCAGGCAGAAGGACAGUCUUGACAGGUCGUGCCCGGAAUACGUAGCAAAUUGGGAAUACCUCAAUGGUGACGACUGGGAACUGGGAGAGGAUCUCAGCGCUGAGUGUGCCCAACGUGCUCCGCCCAACAGCACAUGCACGGAGCCAAACAGCGCCGGGCCGCCUGCAGCUUGGCUGGUCUGGAUCGGUGCUCUGAUCGGUGCUGCAGCACUUAGCUGCGGUGUGCGCGCCCUCUGUGCGUAUGCACGGCGACGACGACAGAUGCUCGCCCACGAUUUCGAUUCACCGCACAGCAGUACUGCUCCGGAGAAGCACUUCUCCCUUGUGAUUGCGGUUGCCUCGCUGACGUUCAUUCUGGUGUACUUUGUACAGAAUCGCAGGACCGAAGAAGCUCGCAAACGUGCAAUCCGGUUGCUCGAUGCGGAGGUUUUGCGCAGCGGGGCACUCGAACGCAUUGAGCGGCGGCAGGAUUUCGACGCACUAGAAACAGCGGGGGAGCACCUCUUUGUGCAACCUGAAGAGGCUGUGCGAAUGCUAAAGGCGAGACGGCGGCAGAUCGGGUUUCUCACCUAUGGUUGGCGCACCAGCGACCACCCCGACCCCGACGACAAGACGCUUCAGGCGGUGGUCAGCGCGCUCCGGAGCGAGGAGGGCGCGCACAUCACUGCCGUCUUCUGGGACUGCCCUUGCCUGUGGCAGGGCCCACGUACGCCGGAUCAAAAUGCUGAGUUCAAGCAAGGGCUCGAGGUGAUGGCGGAUGGCUACGCCAGUCCACUCGGCGUCACCGUGCUCCGCCGCAAGCUCAUUCCUCCGCUCCCAGAAGCGAUGACGGGACGGGUCGUCCUCUUCGGCGUCGACGCCUCGCUCGCUGAGCAGCGCAUUCGCGCUGCGCUCAUCGGGUGGGGUCGCACCCUCACUGAGCUCUGGUUUGAGCUUGACCGCGCACCCCCGGGGGACGAGACUCCGCGCCAAACAGGGCGCUGGCACGCGCGGUUCGCGUCGCAUGAACAGGCGGCGGAGGCGGUGGAUGAGCUCCAGGAGCUGCCCGAGGGCGCAAAUGGCGCUUGUCUGUGGUACAAUGAGCGUGCGUACACCGACCGCGGCUGGUGUGUCUUCGAAUCGUUUGUAAGCAUGGAGGCGCUCAUCCGCAUCGAGGCGCACCCCCGAUUGAAAUCGCACCUGCGCUCAAUGAAGCUGCCGCCAAAGCUCCUGGAGAUUGAUGGCGACCGACCCGUUCCGGUACAGCUAGAGCUCAACGAGACCGUCAAAGAAAGGGUCGAGCGCAUGCGACUCGCUCUCACCACGGCCGCCUUCACAGGCAGGGCCGACCGGGCUAUUGUCGUCAAGAUGCUCGAGACUUACAUCGACAAAAUUACGGCAGCGAUCUACCUCUCCGGCGAGGGCGGCGCAGCGCAGUACAGGGGCGAGUACAACUCUUCAGGCAACCGCGAGGGCCACGGCAUCCUCCGCAGCGCAGAGGGCCGGUACGAGGGCGGGUUCGUCGCCGGCAAGAAGCAUGGUCGUGGAGUGUUCGUGCGAAACGACAACAAAUGGACAUAUGAGGGCGAGUGGGUCGAGGACUUGAUGCAUGGUCGUGGAGUGUUCGUGCGAAACGACACCAAUUGGACAUUGGAGGGCGAGUGGAUCGGGGGGAAGAAGAACGGGCCGUUCAUUUGCACGUGGAUCUGCAAUGAGGCCGUCGCAACUCCAGAAUCGGAGCAACCAUGCCCGAAGAUGUCGGAGGCGUUGAACUAGUUGUGGAGGCCGGCUCGUAGUGCGCGUGUGCAUGGAAUUGGGUCUCUUUUCUUCACACCUCUCUUGUUUUCCCAACAAAACAACCACAAACGCGUAAAUUCCAA